AUGGAAGGAAGUGAUGAUUUAGAUAGAAUAAUUAACAUCAUACAAAAUGUUCAUGCACAAGGUGUAGUGGAUCGGGAUCUUCGUAGGUGUAAUAUCCUCAGAGAUAGGGAUACUGGAACUGUCCAAGUUGUGGAUUGGGGGUAUGCUGUAAAUAUUAUUAACCUUUCAUCACCAUUUGCUGGUGGACUUGACUGUGCAUCAGAUUUAGUGUUGGAAUCAGUGAGGGAUAGAAAGGAGGUUGUUUAUCAGAAGUCAGAUGAUUUAAUUAGUCUAUUGAGAAGUUUUUACUUGGUUUUACUUGGACAGGUUGAUUCAGUUGCACUUCCUCUAGGAAAUGCAAAUUGUCAAGAGUAUGCUAGUAGAAUGUUAGAUUUUUGGAAAAUCCAUGGGAAAUCCAACUUAUGGAAGGAGCUAUUUGAACUUGCUAGAAAUU